GCGGAAGAGGAAAGUCCUUUCAACGGGCAAGAAAAACACGAUCAAUUGGUUGAUGACGACGAGGAAAAAGGAGCGAUGAGAGGAAAUAUCCGCGCAAUAAAUCGAAGCCAUAGCUGUAAGCGCAUUUCAGUGUCUCGUCUUGUCCUUUGGUUUCCGGACGCAUUUCCUGUGUUUCCACGUUCGCGCAAGUUAAUGAAAUGACGUCCCGUGUUGGCGUUUUGCGGAUACUGUGGUUGCUGUUGGCUCUCGCAACCCUUCUUGAUGGUUCGCCGGCGAUUAAGAAGGAACGCAAAGCACCGACCAAUUUUCGGUACUCCGAGGAUUUAGAUGCAGAGGCUACGAAUCACGGAGGCGGUAGCAAACAUCGCGAAGAGGGUGGCGGCUCGGAACACGAAGAGGAUCAUCAUAACACGCACGGUCACAAAGGCGACAAGGGUUACAAGGUCUUCCACGAGUUUGAGAAGAGCGAUAAGGGCCAUCUUGACGAGAAGAAGCAGAAGCACGUGUACGAUGAGGAGAAUGGUGAAGAGGAAAAGAAACACGAAGAGGCUGGUCAUUAUGGUGAGGAACAUGAAGGCGAAGAGGGUGAAAAAGGCGCGAAAUUCGGCGAAGAGGGAAAACACCAGAAGGGAUACAGUACAAAAGGAGAACACAGUGUUUUCAAGAAAGAUGAGUAUGAGAAGAAACAUGAUUUUUACGACGAAUAUCACGAAGACGGAGGAAACGAAAAUCAUGGUGGUUGGCAUGAAGAACACGAGGGCAAGAAGGGUGGCCAUGAAAAGAAGGGCUAUCUGCAUGCGGGACACCACGAGGGACAACACGAUAAGGAGAAGAAACACGAAGGAGGCCACCAUCACAACGAGAAGAAAGGUCACAAAUCGGCUGAAGGGCACAAGAGUCAUCAUGAACAUGAUGAGAAACAUGGUAAUAAAGGCGGUCACGCAUCAGGGCACAAAUUUUCGAAAUCGAAACAUAAUUGACGCGAGACGAGAUGAAAUUCAUCCUUACAUAAUUGUCAAACGCAAUUCGCUUAUAUCUACUUUAAUAAG